GUAUUAAUUUCAUAAGGUCAUAAACUUAUAUUGGUUGAUUGUAAUAAUGUAAAGCUAAGGUAUUAGUUUCACAGCAGAGUAAUUUUGAUUAGUGUCUUGGUCUUGAGCGCGAAAUGGAUGAUACGGAAAGCACAACAACGUCCGCAGAUGAAAACACUGGCAACUUAUGCGAUAACCCAACCAGAGAUACUCUCGCUGAAGGUUUAUUAGGGCUUCUAAAACCGACUGUUGAUCAACUAGACGAUAGAGUUCGGGCAACAAGAAUAUCGCAGUUGGAAUUAAAGCAGCAAAUAGAUUCAUUAAAUGAAGAAUUGCUUAAGGUGCGGGAAGCACUUAACAACCAUCCGGACUUGGAUCCCUAUGUAAAGAAAUUGAUUGCAUGUAAACACAAAGUUACUGUUGUACUUAAUGUCUUACAAGCAUCACAGAUUGAAUGAAAUAAGGCGUAUGAUUAAUAAAGACAAACCAACUCAAGCAUCUAUACUGUCUGAACCAGCUAUAAAACCAGAACAAAGCACAAGUGGUGUUAUUUCUGACCAAGGGAGUAUAAAUUAAACUAAUGGAGACUCCCAAGCAAAACCACAUUGAUAAGGCUGACUAUGAUUAUGUUUAUGAACCAGCUGAAGACAGUUUUUUAUUAAUUGAUGCCUUGGAAAAGGAUUUACAAUAUUUAAAAAACAAAAACCCCACAUUUUGUUUAGAAGUUGGUUCAGGAAGUGGUGUAGUAAUAACCGCAUUCAGUAUGGCAUUUCCAACAACUAUAUGUUUUAGCACAGAUAUUAACUACAAGGCAUGUGACAUGACCAAAAGUACAGCUAUAAAUAAUAAUAUUUCAGUGGAGACUGUCAAUAUGGACCUUGCUAGCUCAUUUAUUGGAAAUAAAUUUGAUAUUAUUAUAUUUAAUCCACCAUAUGUUGUGACAGAGUCAAAAGAAUGUGGAGGUUGUGAUAUAACUGCUAGUUGGGCAGGUGGGGUAAAGGGUCGAGAAAUUACAGACCGACUACUAGAUAUGAUACCAAAGAUACUAACUGAUGAAGGUAUCUUUUACCUCUUAUUAAUUGAAGAAAACAUUCCAAAUGAAGUGAUUACUAUAAUGUUGAAAUACGGUUACAAAUCAGAGAUUGUUAUGAGACGAAGAGUAAGAAAUGAGGAUCAGUUAGUUUUAAAAUUCUAUAAAAAUUAAAUUAGAAAGAUGUAUCAACUGGAAAUAUAUUUCCUGGAUUUAAAUAAAAUAGGUUAAACCAAGAUCUACUGACAUGUUAUUGGCUGAAUUCAUUUAAGAAGAGCUAAGAAAUAACUACUAGGACUAGUUUAAAUCCAGCCAGUUAAAUCAUUAUUUUAAAAUUAAAUACCACCAUAAUAAAGAAAAAAAAAUCUACAGAGGGGUUAAUGUUUGUUAUUGAAAAAAAAAUUAGGAUAAGUGAAAUGAACAUAAUAAAAUCACUGUUUUAAACUUUGCUUUUCUUUUUAGUUGUUAAAUAAAACAGGCUAAGAAUAUUUGAACCAGUAAAAACUGGAUUUAUUAAUUAAGUACACUUUAUGAAUUUGCUAUAGCCACUUCUAAGGAGCUGUCAAAAUUUUUACCUAUUUUGGUAGGGUUGGUACAAGAGGAUAAAAUUAAAUAAACAAAUGUUUAUCAGCUAUAUUUACUUAAGAUAACAAACUACUUAUUCUAAAUAUUUUAUUUUUAUAAUUUUUGUUCUUUAACAAUUAGUUGUGCCUUUUAAUUAAAUGAUAAAUUCGAAAUCUAAUGUAAUUUUUUAAAAUAAUCUAUUGGAAUGGAUUGGCAUAACAAAUAUAGUCUUGUGCACAUGUUUUAAUAUUUCAUUACCAAUAUUUACCAUGUUUCUUUCGAGAUCAAAAUAUUCGCAAAAUUUUUGCUCUAGCAAUUGAUACAUUCAUUUCAGAUAUAUUCUCUCACAUUGGCUGGAACACAAACAAGCACUAUCAUUUGUCAGCAAGUUGAGUGUUGGAAAAGCAUUUCCAAAUAAAAAUAUUUUAUAGUUCAUUUUUAGAAAAUACAGGAUUUUUCAAAGUGAUCCUUCGAUUCAGUUUUGGAAGGAGAUCUUCUCGUCCGACAUCUUUUAACCAUUCUUGUUCUCUGAAAUAAUAAUAAAAAAUAAACAACAAACAGUUUAUAAUUUAAAACAUACCUAUGUAUUAAAUUAUAAACAUUAUAAAAAUAAAUAUUCAACCACUUAUAGGUAGAUAAGUAGUUAAUAUUGAAGUAUAUGCAUGAGGUUUCUAUCUAACACAUCAAAAAUAAUAAAUUAUAGUCAAGUUACUACUUACCUAGUGGAAUCUUUGGGAGAAUUAAAGAAUAAUAUUUUUUUGUUCUACUAUUGUUUAUACAAACAGUACAGUAAACCAUAUUUUCACUCUAUUAUAUAUCAUUUGACACAAAUAAUUGUCUAAAAAGCAAAAUUUGCCAUGUAUUACUCUUUAUAUCACUCAGAGUUUGAGCAUUGGUCGAGCCGGUUUAAAGCAGUUUCACCCAGUAAGUGACGAGCCACCAGUGCAGAGCCACACAUGCCUCAAGUUUGUAGUAGUGUAACUAUCAUAGCACGAUUGUAUGAAGCUUUGUCUCUGUAUGGUACGGUUUCUUAACUCAUGUGCCAAGUUCAAAAUGGAGAAGGACAAAAAUACAGUGUUGUCAGUGAAUAAUGUUGAUAUUUUAUUGCUAUAUAUAAAUACAUUUUUUCCUUAUUUAGGUUAAAAAUAAAUAUUACUAAUUAUACUAUUUUUAUCAUAUAUAUUAUUAUUUAUUUUAUUUUUUAUGAUGUAAAUUUUUUUUAGGUAUUGAUUAGUAAAAACAAAUUAACUUAAUUAUUAAUAUAAUACAUUGAACACAUAAAUUAUUCUUAUUUUUAUCUUUUUGUACAUAAGGCCAUAUUUAAGCAAUAAUUGUUUAGUAUAAAUGAAUUUAUUUGCAUAGAAAGUUACUUCUACAAAAAAUAAUAAAUAUUUUAUUUUUGUUUGAGGUUUUUCCUUACAGCUUCUCCAAAUAGCUUAGCCCCUUCAGUACUUUCUUCAUAACCAGGUAGCUGUUCACAUUCUUUUAACCAUCUUUGGAUAUUUGGGAAUGUAGAUAUGUCCCAACCUACUGCCUAUAAAAAGAAACAAUUUUAUAAAAAAUGUUUUUCUUACUUUUGCUAAAAGAAAUCAAAUAUGAACAAAAAACAACAGCUUUUUCUAGUGCUGUCAAAGGAAGAUUGCUAUAAUUAAAUGUUAGUAAAAGAGGCUUCUUUUUAAUUCUAUGAAGCCCACAUCUGGGCAUCAGUCUCUCUUUAAGUACAAAGUAACUGCUACAUGUGUACUAAUUGUCUAUCAUAAUAAAAUAUAAUUUACACAUCAAAUGAAACAAAGGUCUGUCUGAAGGUCUAUACUUACAUCCAUUUAUUCUUAACUAUAGUACAUAGUAAUUUAUACUCACAGUAUGUGAGCAUAAAAUGGAAGCAUAUGGAAACUAUAAAUUUUUCUUAAGUCAACUUUUAUUAUGGGUUGGAUUUAGAAUUGUUAGGCACCAAUUUUGGUGGAGUAAGGUGUUACUUGGUAGAGAUUUGGUCCCCGAUUAUAAUAAUACUACUCACAUUAAAAGGUAAUGCACCGUUAUCGAAUAAAUAAAUAAAAACUAUUAUAACCUAAAAUGCGUAAAACAUGGAAAAAUUACUGCUGGAUAGCAUACAGAAUUUUGUGUAAGUGCGACAAGGACGUAAGACUAGUGUCACAUUAUUCUACUAUCUAUACUCUCUGUCAAGAGAUAUUUCGCUAAAGACAACUAUAAUAAUAGAGAAAAUUUUACCGACUUAAUAUAUGUAUAUUUAUGGAGAAGAGAAAUUAUAAGGAAUAAAAGAGAUCCUUUUGAGGAAUUAAUAAAAAAAAUUAUGUUUACAGACAAUAAAGGAAUGAUUA